GCCGCUUUCUUUGUGGUAUCCAGAUCCAGGCUGUGUACGCAAACUCUCUCCCUCUCCCUCUCCCUCUCCCUCGUGCAGGAAUGGAGUAUGAGGUUGUGGCGACUGGAUUGAGGGGUUAGAGUUUGGAGAUUAGGUUUUUGGUGGUCCGAGCGUCGGGGUUAGUUUUUGGCUCGACAGUUAAGGUUUUGGGGUUUGGGAAUAGGUUUGCGAAAAUUGGGGGUGUGGUGUUUGAGUGGUAGUUAUUGGCAGUAGUGGCGGAUUUGGUCUUGGUUGUGUCUAGAACCAUGGCCGCGGGCAGCUCCAGGUCCGCCAAAGUCCCGGGAUUCGACCCGAAGAAGUACCGUCCUCCGCCGUACGUGUUUGAGCCGGCGGGGUUGAAGUUGUACAAGCCAAAAGCCACGGUGUUCGAUGACGAGGUGGUGCUACGAGAGCCAGAGAUCCAUUUUUCAGUCAAGAAUCGCGAGGUGAAAGAAUAUGUCAGGGGCUUUGGGGGCUCGGGGAAGGUGAAGCAGUGGUAUGGGACACUCCCCCAACGUGCGAAGGAGCUAGUAGAUGCAACAGGUUUUGGGGGGUUUGUACAACUACUGGGCGAGACCAGUAAUGACCGUUUGCAGCUUACGGCCCUAGCUGAGAGGUGGUGGGAUACCACCAACACUCUGCACUUGCCAUUCGGAGAGGCCACACUGACACCCUUGGACUUUGCAGCGAUUACUGGGAUACGGGUUGGGGGAAAUCCAAUUCCGUUCGAUAUGGGGCUUUACAAGAAUAAGGCUGCUUUGGUCUACUUUCUCGGUCAAGUACCAGAUAUGACCGACGCGGGUACAGUGCGUUACUCCUGGUUUUACAAGACUUUCAAGAAGCAUAAAUGCGUGACAGAAAGGGAUUAUGAGCACGUGACGAGAGCCUUCCUACUGUACUUGUUUGGGGCCGCACUAUUUCCAAAUAAGGAUAGCCGGGUUCACUUGCACUAUUUGGCAGGGAUGAAGGACUUGUCGACUGUCAAGGACUACGAUUGGGGAGGUGCUGCACUUGCUACAUUAUAUGGCCAUAUGGGGGCUAUAUCUAGGGGGACAACACUGAGCAUGGGGGGCUACUGGCGGGUCUGGGAGAUUUGGAGUUAUGAGUUCUUAAGGAUGCACGUCCCUAAUAAUAGCUAUGCGGAUCCGUCAGUGAUCCCUAGAGGGUUGAAGUGGGCACGAGACUCUAGGGGGAAGAAGGAAGGUGGGAAGGAUUUGACGACGUACCGUCUUUUCUUGGACCAGCUAAUGAAGGAACAGGUAAAUUGGGAUGUAUGGGCGGGGGUUGAUCCAGUGGUACACGCUGAUUUGUUGAGGAGUAGACAGGCCACAGGUCGUAGGAUCUUGUUGGAGGGACCGUUUUGCAGACAAUGGUACUUGGGAGAGAGAGCGGUGAGGCAAUCAUUAGGCUAUGACGUUUUUAGAGUACCAAAGUCUAUUCCUUUUUCUAUGCUGAACAUGAGGAUCUUGACGGUAGAGGACUUGGAGAAAUGGACUGAGGGCGAGGAUGCUGCCACCUUUUUAGAGGAGUCCGGGGAGUACGAGGAGUACAUGGUACAGAGGCUUAUGCCUAUCUUAGGCGUAGAUAGGGUUCUAAGAGGCCUUCUCCCAGGACCACAGGCUGGAGUUCUGCCAGUAGUAGUAGUAGGAGGAGGAGGAGGAGGAGGAGCUGAGGGCCUAGCAGAGCUUCCUCCGUUGCCGCAACAGGUGGACUACUAUAGUAGUACGGGACAAAGACAAUACAUUGAUGUUCCUUGUCCAGAGCACGUGGACCUCACUCUUCCGCCUAAUGUCCAACAGGUGCCCCGGGAAUAUGUGGAGGCGUGUUUCCGUAAUAUAAGCGGCUUGAGAGUCCUCGUUCGACAACAGGCAAUGGCGGGCCAGACAGUGAGGACUCAUGUGCGUGGCCCCUUGCAUACUUGCGAGAGAGUAGCGUCGGGUAGACACAGUGCCCCGGCCCCUCAUAGCGAGAGAGCUUCUCCAGCGAGGCAUGGUGCUCCAGUUAGUUGUGCUUCAGCUUCUAGGGCUCCUCCGCCCGCACCUGUUCCUCCGACAGAUCUUCAGUUGGUGGAGUAUAGUUCUUUCGUAGCCGACGGGGAUACUACCAUUCCAUCUGGUAAUGGUGACGAUGACAGAGAUGACGAGGACACAAAGUCGGGUAUAGAGGCUUCGCCUUCGCGGCCUUCGGCCAAGAAGCCCCGUCGUUGACAUUUAGUGCAUUUCUUUCCUUUCUUGCUAGAAUAUAGUAAUAGGGUAGAUGGUAUGUACAAUGAUGCUUGGCUUCUACCCAUUUUGUAUUCUUGUAUGAAACAGUAAUCGUGUUUAUUGCUUUCGAUCAGUUUAGUGGAUGUUGUAGUUUUGAUAUGCGAUCCUUUUAUUUAAAAGAGUUUUGAAUUCUAAAA